UCACAAUCGAUCACUAACGUCUUGAGCAUACAAAGGCCAAGGUAGCCCUACAGGUUAGACGGAUGUGACUAAUCAAUUAUGUUUCAGCCUCAGGGCUGUGUAGCCGUGCGUAUCGGCUGGACUCUUUUGAGUAUUUUGUACAGCGAAGUUUCUGAGGGCCCUUUCUAAUAACGCCAAGUUGGUGAGUAGUGAUGUUAUUUAAUGUAUGGAGCGCAGCAGACGACGAACUCUACAAAGGGCAGAUAACUAUGGCUAAAGCUCUUGAAGAGAUGAAUCAUCAUCUUGAAUGUGGAAUUUGUCGGGACAGGCUCAAACAACCAAAGGUUCUCGACUGUUUCCACAGUUUCUGUCAAGAAUGUCUCCAGGAUUACUACGAAAGCAGGUACAAAGACACUCCAGAGAUUCCUUGUCCUUCAUGCCGGCACAUGACAGCACUACCAGAGACACGCAUUCAAGGCCUGAAAACAAAUUUUCAUUUGAUGGGAAUCAUUGAAGAGAUCUCUGUGCAGGAAAAAGUGGCACAUUCAGAGAGUACGAAGGUCAGCUGCGAGUUGUGUGAAGAGGAAAACGAAGCUACGCAUCGCUGCUUAGACUGUGCACAAAAUGUUUGCCCAAACUGUCGCAAGACGCACCUGCGAUGUGUCACUACAUCAAACCAUACAGUGGCUACUUUUGAGGAAAUUCGUCAAGGAAAGGUGACCGUGAAAAAAUCGGCAAAUGAAGACCAGACUAGAUGCCAAAAGCACAGGGGAGAGGUGAAACGAUUCUACUGCGAGACAUGUCUAGAGUUGAUCUGCCGGGAUUGUACUGUUGUUGACCACUGUAAACCAAACCAUCACUACGUGGACUCUGGAGAGGCUUCUAUCAAGUACAAACAAUCACUGAAGGAUAUGUUGUCAGAUUUUGAUGUGGACAUAAAAGUACUUGAACAGUCUUUAGCUGCUUCAUCUCAAGCUAAGCAGAAGUUUGCACAGAGUGUCACAAGGACUGUGAAAGCUGUCAAGAAGAGAGCGGAUAAACUGAGAGCUGAGAUAGCAAUUCAAGAGAAAAUGUUGAUUCGUGGAAUCAAACAAAUUCAACAGGAUCGAAACAGAAUGUAUGACAAGCAUCAAGAAAAAGUGAGCCAGCUUCUGCAAGGAAAACAACAUUCAGUGGAAGUGGCCAAAGGUGUCGCCAGCACUGCAUCAGACAAUGACUUUCUGUCCCUCUAUCCUGUCAUCAACAAAGACUUGAAGUCACUGAAGGGUCCAACACCUCCCCAGAUUGAUAGCAUGCUUUCAUAUCUGAGCUUCACUCCAGGUCAGACUGAAAUCAAUCUGGGCAAGCUGGAGGAGAAAGUCAGGAAGUGGGAGAUGUGCUGCAAGUUUGACCAUACAGGAGGAGGUCUAGGAGGGGUUAUGUUCACUGUCGGCAUUACUGGUACUGUAUGUGGUGAAAUUGCUCUGGUAAAAUAUUUCAACAAGAAAGUUCUGCUCUGCAGUAGUGAUGGACAGGUGAAGGAAAAAAUCCCUGUUCAAUCAAGUCCAUGGGACAUCGCAGCUAUCCACAAUCAUGACAAUCAGUUGGUGGUUGUAGAUGACACCAAGUAUGUCAAGGUGUUCAAUAAGAAGAACGAGCUGGCCUUCCAGUUCCCUACAGUGCCACAGAGCGAGGUUGACAAGGCUGACAUGAACUUCAGCAGUGUAGCAGUCAAGGAAGAUGGUACCAUCCUUGUGGGUGAUGUGAACAGGAUGGUAUGGACUGAACACAGGCCCACUGAUGGUGCGCUGCUGUGCACCAUACCAGUGCAGACUCCGCCUUGUUACCUGGCUGUGGAUGACCACACUGAUAGGGUUGUGGUCAGCGGAGGUGGCAGUCAGAAAGUGGACAUUGCUUCCAGCAAUGGCACCAUACUGGCCACCAUCAAACCCUCCAUCAAUGGUCAGCAAGUGCAGCAUUGCCACGGUGUUUGCUGCGACAGCUCAGGCACCUACAUUGCAGUGUGCAAUGAGCCUGACACAGGCCACAUCCACCACUAUGACCUCGAUGGCAAUUUCCUUGCUUGUGUGGUGCAGGGUCUGCAUGUUCCGUUUGGAAUUACAUCCACACCAGAUAGGAAGCUAGCAGUUGGCGACGGCCAUGCAGUGAAAAUGUAUCAUAAGGUUUAAGAAAUAAGACUCUUUCCAAAUGCACAUUAUGAUUGACCAACGCAUUGCAAACUCUUGGAGGUGCACUAUUGUGAAUCUGCCCGUAUUGGUUAGAAUUUCAGAUGCAUCUUAUAGUCCCUGCUCCAACACUCAAAUUGAGAUGUCAAAUACAUUCACUGUUUGUAUUUAUAUUCAGUGAAACAAUAUGAUUUAGAUUUAGUCAUUGAAAUAUUUGUAUUGAAGGCGAGAAAAAUGGGUCUUUCUGUUCCAGUGAUUUCCAGAAUACAGUUACUCUGGACAGAUUGCAUUUGUACAUGUCAUUGAUUGAAGUUGUCUGUUUUUGACUUCCUGAAUUUCAUGACAGUCCUUGGUAUUUUUUAUCUCAUGAUGUAAUUUGUAAAUACUUUUCAAGAUCUGGUUCUUACUAAGGGAAUUAAUAUGUGCCUGACCGGUCUUAAAUGUGGGGCUUGGGCUUUAGUCAUGUCCAUUCUCCUGAGGAAGGUUUUAAACGUUUAAGACAGGCCAAGGACAUAUUUAUUCCUUUUCAUAAAUACCUUUUUAUUCAGAGAGUCAAAAGAAGUCAACAAACGAUACCCAAAAAAGUUGAGGACUACCUUUUACUUUGUGUAUACUUUUUAUUUGAGAUAUUUGCUGCUGAAAU